GGAUAGUGACACCUUUGGAGUUAUAACCCGCGGACGGUGAAAAAAAAAGUUCAUAGAUUUCCUACACUGAAUCGAACACCUAAGAGGCUCAGAUAUAACUUUUCUCUUCUCAUUCGUUCUGGAAUUUUCGCUUCAGUCAGUUUAAAGACAACUUUUUAUCAUCAUCAUCAUCAUCAAACAUCUGUUUCUGGGUGAAAAGAGGGAUUCUAUAUUACGAUAUUCUGUAUUGAAUUAUAAAGGACACUACAAAGUACAAACCACCGAGCAGAUUAAAAUGCAGGCAUCUAGGGCUAGGCUCUUCAAGGAAUACAAAGAAGUGCAGCGAGAAAAAGUAGCUGAUCCAGAUAUCCAACUUGUGUGCGACGACACUAACAUAUUUAAGUGGACUGCCCUUAUUAAGGGACCCUCGGAAACUCCUUACGAAGGUGGUGUAUUUCAACUCGCAUUUGCUGUUCCUGAACAAUACCCUUUGCAACCUCCUCAAGUGCGGUUCCUAACAAAAAUAUUUCAUCCAAAUGUGCAUUUUAAGACAGGAGAGAUUUGUCUAGACAUCUUGAAAACUGCAUGGAGCCCUGCUUGGACUCUCCAGUCCGUUUGCAGGGCCAUAAUUGCUCUGAUGGCUCAUCCAGAAGCUGAUAGCCCUCUCAAUUGUGAUUCAGGAAAUCUUCUACGGUCUGGUGAUCUAAGAGGAUACCAGUCUAUGGCAAGGAUGUAUACUAAACUUGCCGCAAUGCCUAAGAAAGGAUAAGACUACGCUGAGGAGACGAAAUUCCAGUUUCAUGAAGUAAUAAAGCUUUUAUGUAAUACUAUUCAUCACUUAUACGCAGUAUGUACACAACUAUUUAUCCACUUCGGAUUUGUUGUGAUAUCUAUCUAGAUUAUGUCUAAUUUGUUAUGAUUAAUUAUUUGAGGAUGGUAAGAGAGCCUUUGAGUCUAACUUGCAGCUACUUUUUCUUAGUGAAAUCUGCAUCAACUUACGUCUAAUUUUAUACUGUUGCAACUAAUUUAGCUUUAAAGUUUAUUUUCC